AUGCCAGAGAAGCUUGGAACUUCUUCUAAGAAUAAUGUGGCCCCUGAGGAAUGCACGGUUCCUCAGGUCUCACAGGGUUCAAGGAAAAAAAGUCCGGCUUGUAUGAGCAAUCCAGUAUGUCAACUGGGUAGGUCUCAUCCCCCUGGGGAAUGCACGGUUCCUCAGGUCAGAGAGACUUAUAAGGGAGACAUUACUGGAUUGUCCUCUGCUGCAACCAAGAAGCGUUAUCAGUCACCUCCGAAGUACAAGUCCAAAACCGAAAAACGGGUUGCAAAAACACAAAGGAAGCUUGCAAAGGAUUCAGCGACCAUUCCUCACAUCACUUACAUCUCACCUUCGGAAGAUGUUCUCUCCGAAAAACCACUUACCACCUUUCCAAUUCACGGUAAGAAAACUAGAAAUCUUGUUUGCAGCCAAGGUGGAGUUCCAAACUUCAUCAUGGAGACUCACUCCUUUGCCGAAGCACCUUCACCAACCUUCGUUACCCUCUCGGAAAUCGUCUCUGACCUCUACAUGAUGGCUCUGAAUCGUCAAGAUAACAAAUCCAAUUCAAACCUACUCAAUGGACGUAUGCGGGGAAUUGGCUUUCGUCAAGGCACAGAUGAUAAUAAAUCAGGCGGAACUUACGCAAGGAAACACGGCAUCAAGGAGGAAGACUCAAUUUCAGACAGUGCACUCUGGAAAAAGCUGGAGUUCCACAACGAAUUCAUAGCUGGACGUAUCAAAUCUCUAUCCCAAUCCGCUUGGCAAAAAAACCACCAAAUCUCUUUGGAACAUCAAAUUCCCAAUUGGAGUCAAGAGGAAUGGCGUGGAUUUACGAAUGAGCAUAACUUUGCCGGGAAUGUGAUGGUCACAUUCAAUGAUUUUUUCAACGAAGUCCAUGCCGAUAGAGGUGACCUCAACCCUUGGACCUAUGGAAUUUUCUCUUACAUUGACAAAAAAACAGGAAAGCCUAUUCCUCCUCCUUCCAAUGAGAAGGGGCAUGGUUUGCAUUUUACACGCCAUGCUGCUAUCAUUGACUUUGCCCAUGCCAAUGGCAUUGUAGAAGUAUUGUGGCAAACUACACAGUUUGAACAUCACACUACACCUCCCCCCCCCUUCUCUUCAAACAACUGAAUUUCACACACAUUUUGGUUCUUCCUUUCAAAUCAGCAAAAGGUUAGCCAAUACUGCAGUAAAAUUAAAAAAUGCUACACAAGAAGAAGUAGAAGAUCGUACUUUAUGCAAAAAACAAAAAUA